AUGGCGGCGAAAGAGAUAAAAAAUACCCUGAGAAAUGCUCGAGAGUGUAUCAAGAACAAAGACUAUAAAGAAGCUUUCAAGCACUGCAAGGUACUGUUUACAAUAAUUCAUUACUUCGUGUCCAAUUGAUUUUUACAAUUUGUUGUCAAAAGUUGCCAUAAAAUUUACGGUAAAAUUUUCUGGUGACAGGCACGCGUCGAUCAGUAUAUUUACGUUCUUAAUGUGUGGGAUAACAAAUUCUGAUUAUGCCUCUCUUGUUCUCGAAUUUGAAUUUAUUAUACUCUCAGUUCUUAUUUGUUCUUACUGCAGCAUAGUGAGAGAAGCGUUAUUGCAUUAAGUACAUUUACUUCAAACUGACUUUUUUUACAGGUCGUUUUGAAGGCUGACAAAACCAAUUACAACGCCUUGGUCUUCUUUGGAAAAUGUGCAUCAGAACUGGGCCAGCUCGACCAGGCCCACGCGGCUUACCGAAAGGCAAUUGAAUCUGAUGAUACACAGCCCCUUGCUUGGCAGGUAGAAUAUUUUUUUUGUCCUUUUUAAAAGAAUCAUUUCCUUGUAAGAAGAUCUUGGUUUAUGUUGAUCAGGUACGAUUCACACUAUUGGGACUGUUAGUGUUUCUGAAGGAAACGUCAACUGCCAUUUGUACCAAAACUGAAACACAGAGAUUUUUCUUGGUGAUGCACUGUUGCAAGCUUUCUUCUGAUAUGAAAUUCGCUGUGAUUUUGUUAGGAGCAGUGUGCAGAGAAUGUCAGCAACCAUCUGCCGCAGCCUUACACUUUUAACAUGAUCUUGUUCUGUACUGGAUUAACUUAAUGCUUUACACCCUAACAUCAGUUUGUAUAUUCUUCAUACAGAUCUCCAUACAUUUCCUAAGGUGCUGGAAAGGAGAAUUUGUUUAACAAUCGAGAAGUCCUUCAGUUUAUUAUUAUUUCCUUUAUUCUCAUGACCCUAAGUUAAUGUGUGAUUUAAAGGUGAUAUUGGAAGGAGACAUUACAUUAAAAAAUUCAUUAGAAGUAAAAGUUUUUAUGUCUGUUUUAUAUUUUUCAUGUCAGGGUCUUGCUGCCCUUUGUGAGAAAGAAGAGAAUCCACAGUAUAAAGCUGAACUUCCUGGUGUCUAUGAGAAAUUGUUGCUGAUGUAUGAGAGGUGACAGAAGUGAUGUGCAUACUUUAAGCUCUUAUGCUAAAACUAAGACUGCCAAUAAUGAACCUGUUAUGUAAACCAACUAAAAACAAUAUUCAUUUAAAUUCAUUUGUGGUAAAAUGAUUGAUUCAUCUCUGAAUCAGAUUGAUCAUGAAACUGAAUGAAAGAAGUACCUUGUUAUCAAACUUACUCACAUAUGAUUAUAAUUUAAUUAACCCAACAUGUACUCUUAACAAUUUUCUCUCUGUUCACAGUGAAAAUACAAAAUGGUUGGAAAUUGCAAGCAAACUGGCUGAAGUUUACAAGAAAAACGAUGAAGCUCUGAAGGUAUGACCCAUGUAAAUAACUGAUCAUUGGUUGUAUUCUAGUCCAGCAGGUAAUUUAGUAUUAACAACUGAGUUGAAAACAUAAAUUGGUCAUUGUUAAGGGUAAAAAAGCUGAUGUUUCGAGCGUUAGCCCUUUGUCAGAGCGAUUGAUGAAGGGCUAAUGCUCGAAACGUCAGCUUUUUUACCCUUUAGGUGGCCAAUUUAUGUUUUUAACUCAGUUGUUAACACUAAAUUACCUGCUGUACUCUCCCACCAAUGUAGCACCACAGUUUCUUUAGAAACUUAACCCCUUUAUGUAUUCAGCCUGAUUUGUUUGUUUGUUUUUUUAUCUAAUCUACAUGCUUGUCCUUCAGGUGAGAUUCAUAGAAAUCAUUUUAAAUAUAAAUUUGUUUAAUACCAAAUUAUACACUCUAAGUUAAGUAUUAUAUUUAAUUUUUUUAGGCAGUACAUAUGUGGGAGAAGAUGGCCAUGGUCACCAAAGAUGCUGCUGAACAGUUUGGAAUUUGGAUGAAAAUCAUAAAAAUCCUUGAAAAGGUGAAUUUGUUGUUUUGUUGUAACACUUCAAACUCAAAGAGUGACCAGCAUCUUAUUCUCCUUACAAUAUCACCCCUGAAUCAAGGACUAAGGUCACUAAUAAGGGAAAUGAUCAUCAUUUAUGUCAGUGCCUUUGGAAAUGUAUAGAAGACAGUAUGGAGAAUAUGUAAAACUUUUAUCCAACACUGGAAAGAUGUCAACUGACCAACUUACCCUUUUCAUUCCCAGUCUCGUAGUAUUAAUUCUCUGUAUGAACAUCUCAUAUAUUUCUUUUAAUUUUUAAGUCUGAGAAUCUGGUAUUAAAUCAAAUGAUAUCCCUAUGUACCAAAAGUCAUAGAUUGUAAUGAGCCAACUCAAGGUUCUUCCCCUUUGUGUGGCAUUAAAUCUUAGAAGGGUACUCUAUGCUUGAGAUUAUAGAUGUACUAAAAUCUGCAAACCCUGUCAAGUUGUGUUCUGAAAAAUGGCACCAUCCUCUCAACCAAUCUGUAGCAACAUUAUGUCUGAUGGAGCUCAGUAGCUAGUGUUCCCUGUGCCAAGGCUUGUUAUAUGACUGUCAAAUAUAGUUUGUGUCAAUGUUAGAUUUUUCAUGGGCACCUACUAGUUUUGAUACCCAGUAUAACUUGGUUCUGAAUGGCUUUUGCCACUGCUUUGAGUGUGAUAUAUGGGAUAUGAGUUUUAAUUGCCAACACAUCGAGAUUGCUAUUGAUUUCAGUGGAACCUUGAUUUAAAGAAGUGCUAAGGGACUGGGGAAGUUGGUUCAUUAAAUUGGGGAUUUGUUAUAUUGAAAACCUCGAUUUAACGAAUUUGUGGAAAAACAACCAAAAUGUUUGUUAUAUUGAGGGAGGGUGGACGGUUGUUUUUUCUUUUUUUCUUAUGUUCUUCCUGUUUGUUUUUGUUUUUGUUUUUGUUUUUGUUUUUUUUUGUGGGUGACAUCGCACUACCCAGCACUUUGAGAUUGGAACAAUCCUUUAAAUAACGUUUGUGCUUUCAUAUUCACAUCAAAAUGUCUGUAUUGAGUGACAAUACACUGUACAGGUCUUUACAUAGUGGAAGUCACUAGCAAGCGGAGAAACAAGGGCGUAAGCCAAGAAUUUCCUGCCUCUUAUACCUUUUUACCACAAGAAGCCUUCAAUAGUAAUAAAAGACAAAGAGAAUAAAGCAGAUCUGUAGAUGUGUUGAUAGUGUCAGCAUUGGCAUUUAUGAUGAGCUGUUAACUGUGACGUUGUUCUAUAGUUAAAGAAUUGAAAGAUUUUGAUUCUUGUCGGUCUGUUUCGCAUUUGUCUAUUGCCACGUGUUGACAUUUGUUCGUUACGUUAUCUCAGGUUAUAUUAUACCUUUGAGCUUCUGGAUAGUGUUCGUUAUAUCAAGGAUUUUGUUAAAUCGAGGCUCUGUCCUGUUACUUUGGCCGGGCUGAAGAGUGUUCGUGUUAUAAAGGACUUUGUUUUAAAGCAGUUCAUUAACUCGAGGUUCUACAAUGACUUGAAUAACAUUUUGUUUUGAAAUUACUUUCAGAGAAAAUUAGAAGAGGCUGGGUCUAAAAAGGUAGGCAGUGUUAUAAUAAAUUAGUGACUAGUUUUAUUUCUCAUAACAACCAAUCAGAUCUCCAUGAAUCUUUGCCACAUACAGUACCGCUCGCGCAUAAGUUAACUAAAAAACGAGAAUGAAACGCGCCAAAAAUCGCAUGCAAUUGCGAAUUUAAAAAAUCGUGCGCUUCUAAAAAUCGCACGUGCGCACCAAAGUUGAGAUAUCUGCCUCAUUAAGUAUGUAUGAGGUAGAUUUUUUUGUUUUUCUACUGUUGGCGGUUUAUCGUUUUAGAGAAUAGACUUUAUUUUAAUAGCACUAAAACAUUACCAACGACAAGCAAACUUGUUCGUUUCAAUCACCGCUCGAACCGACUUUCCCGACAUGCUGUUACAAAAGCGACAUCGUAAUCGAAUUAUAUAAAUGAUUUUUCAUGUUCUAACGGAAUUUCUUUUAUCAAAAUAGCUAUUUCUCACUUCGUAUAAAAAGACAUCCGUAGCAACGGGUUAAUAAUUUGUUCAAAAUAAAUUUAUUCUCAGUGUGUCGUAAUUCGGUAGAAUCAAUUAAGGCGCUCGUUUGUAACCAGUUGCGUUCUGAAUGCAAACCCACACGCGAAUACUUAUUUCAUAGCUUUUUUCAUCGGUGAAUAUGCUAUUCUCGUAAACUGGUCCAUUCAUCUCGACAUUUACACAGAAACUGAUAAGAUCUUCUCGUUUAUUUUAAUGGUGUUGUGUUACAGUAUGGUUACCUGUCACGGCUACAUCUUGUUCAGACUCGUAUGCAAAUUCUGAUGGGAAACCGAAUUUGCUUCGUGUUUCGGUAUUUGUGAAAUCAUCGAUCGAUGCUCACCAAAUUGCUCGAAAAAGGGAGACUGUUUUGAGAGAUCUUGACAUUAUUGACAGACGCUUGCAUUAUAUGCUCAUGAAUAGUAGUCUGUUGUAGCGUUUCGGUUUUCAGAUGUUUUUCGUAUUUGACAUUAUUUAACAAAUAGAGAAGCCUUGACUGUGCACUGUUGUAAAGCACGCAGGAAGCGGCUAGAGCACGAAAGAAGUGUAGGGAGAAACACGAGACGUAGUCGAGUGUUUCUCCACACUUCUUGAGAAUUCCCAGGCAAACUCCCAAGCAUUACUUUCAAUUUUCAAAACUUUAUUUUCCAAAGCGUAGAACAGUGUCGUUACAUGCUCUAUACUCUCAUAAAACACGCUACAAUAAGCCAAUCAGAAUCCCUGUUGGAAUGGUUCAAAUAAUCUGAUUGGCUGUACAAAACUAAAGCUGUCAAAAAUGUCAAACCAUCGAAUUUCACAUUCUGCGGCAAUUGUUUUCAAACUUAAUAGUCUGGCAGGUCGAAUCUAACACUUUUGCUUGCAGUUUUUUAGUCCCUGUUACAAAAUGUGGAGGUGAAAUGUCUAAGGGAAAUCUGGUCGAAUUGUGGCUGACAAAAACACGCAAGUUUUUCACAUGACAAAUAGUUGACAAACUGCUCAAGGCGAUUUUUACGAAUGAACGACAGCUGAAUUCACCGGAACAUGAAGAUUUCCCGGGAUGACAGAGCCGUAAAACUUGGUUGCAGUGACUGAUGUGACCUUCACCGCUCAACGCAUCGGAAAGGACAUCAGAGCAAGCUCGUGGUUGUUCACUCAAAGGGUGGUCGAUGUAAUUUCUGAGGCUUGCUUCACUGGUGAUCUCCCAGCUAGCCACGUUGGACGUCAACAUGAUCGCAGUCGCUCUAACACCGUCAUGAUUAGUUUUGGCUAUAUAUUUUAUCAUUCCUGUUUUGUUCUGUUUUGUUCUGUUUUGUUUUUUAAUUCGAACUUUAUAUACUAUACGAGUGGAGCUGUGUUUGAUUUUUAUUACCAUUCGAAAGCUUGCAAUUUAACUGAGCGUGAAAACCUUCAAAACUCGGACUGUCUAUUUCGUUUUCUCUUUGAGAAUUUUUGUCUCUGCUCACUUAAUAAUAGCGUCAAUUACGGCGCCUGGCAUGUUCAUAAACCUUUGUUUGGUUAUUCCGUUGCUACUUGCUGGCUCGCUUGUUUGCAAAUUUCUCUUUCAAUUAACGAAAAAAAGCUAGAGAAAACUCCCGGAAAAGGUCGGACAUAGUCCAAAUUGGCAAAUGGCGUGACAGCUGUAGCUUAGCUCUGUGCUCUAGCUCUCACACAGCACGCUCUUUCAACCAAUGACAGCGCGCGCGAUAUCCAAACUAUUAUUAUAAAUUGCGAUUUACCAUAACUUGACCUUUUAUCGUUGUAAUAUGAUGCGCUCCGCAAUGAAACAAAUCAUCACGUGCGAUGCGGAAUAAUACUGUUUACAUUCCUAUGCGUAAACACCGAAGUGAACAACAAAGGCACAGGAGUCGCGCAUUUUUUUUUAGCGUGCGCGCAAAAAAUUGGCGUGUACACGUCUGAAUACCCUACGUCAGAGCGUAGGAAAUUCAUCUGCGCAGUUGAUAUCUACGCGAGCGGUACCGUAUUUUAAUUGGGAACUUUAAAGGAUUUUAGUUACUUUUAAAAAUUACAGGAGGAAAGAAUCCUAAAUCCUUAUAUCUGAUCAGCUAAUUGCACGCUCAUAACUUGUCCAGCUUUUUAUGAUACAGGUUAUGGCCCGGAAUUUUUUUGGCGCCAUUCACAGCAAAGGAGAGAAAAACAAACCAGCAGGAAAAAUGUCUAUGUUUAUCAGGCUGGGCCAGUCUGUUUUGGAACAAACUAUGUGUUUUGAUUAUCACAUGUGUUACCAAUAUGAAUGCAAGUAUUUAUCGCUAUUAGUUGCAGGAAGCUUAUGAGAAAGUCCUACAUAGCGGCCAGCCUCAAGAAGCAACUAAAGAUCUUGAAAUACACUUUGAAAAUUAUCUCAGACUUCUGAUUAACAAUCAGGUAAAUUGUAAAUUCAGUAACUAUUUGUUUUUCUGAACAUGAUGCACUCUCAUUGAUGUGUAACAUUUAGCCUUUGUGUGCUUCUGAAAGACAAGUUAAACAUUAUUGGGCAGCUUAAAGUGGGUAAAAUGUCGGCGUAGAUGUAGUUGUCUUGGAGAAAUGAACUAAAAGAAAACUGAGGAAUGUCAAAGUGAGCAAAUAUAUAAGAAUCAUUCAUACUCAUUAACAAUUGGUUCUGACAUCAGCGUGUGUUCAUCGAGAUAUGAAGCACGCGGAAAGUUUGGAGAGCACGAAAGAGGCGUAAGAGUUGCUUGAGGCGUAGCCGAGAGCAACAUCUUGCUUCUCGAGUGCUCUCCAAACUUCUCAAGUGCUUUAUAUCUCGAUGAACACACAGCUGACGUAUGAACCAAUUGUUUUAUAACAUUUUCAACCCGAUGGAAAAUUUUUUCUGGAGGGAUUUGUUUGCUAACGUCAUGAGCGUGCACAAUAGGAAUAUGAAGCACGCUCGCGCAAUUGAAUUUGAUUAGACAAAUUUACUAGCUAUGUUAUAAUUUCAAAACAAACUUUGUUUUCUAAGCGAACAACAGUGUCGUCAAUGCACUACACUCUCAUAAAGCACGCCAUAAGCCAAUCAGAAUCCCUGUUAGAAUGGUACAAAUAAUCUGAUUGGGUGUGCAAGUCUAAAGCUGUCAAAAAUGUCAAACCAUCAAAGUUCUAAACCCAUCAAAGUUCAUAUUCUGCAAUUGUUUACAAACUUAGUAGUUCGGCAGAUCGAAUUUGAUUCGUUCCUCUGAAGCCUUUUGGUCUCUCGAAUACAGAAUCUGAAGCGAAAUGUUCAGAGAAAUCCGGCUGAAUUGUGGCCCAUAAAAACACGCUAAUUUUUCAUAUGACGAUUAGAAAACAAACUGUUUAAGCGUGUGUUUUAUGAAUGAACGACAGCCGAAUUUACCGGAACAUGAAUAUUACUCGGGAUGACAGCGCCGUAGAACUCGGCUACAAUGACUUAUUUGGCCUUCCACUCGACGCAUCGGAAAGGAUAUCAGAGCAAGCUUGUAGUUGUUCUCUCGAAGGGCAGCCGAUGUAAUUUCUGAGGCUUACUUGACUGUGAUGACCGGAGAUCGCCAUGAUGAGCUAGCCGCGUUGGACCUCAGCAUGACACCGUCAUCAUUACAGUUAUGCCACUCCGGCUAUAUUUUUCAUAAUUCCUGUUUUGUCCUUUUUUGUUCUGUUUUGUUUUUGAACACGAAACUAUAUACACUACACGAGUGUUAGCUGUGUUUGACUUUUAUUACCGUACAUAAGCUUGCAAUCUAACUGAGUGUGAAAACCUUCAAAACUCGGACUGUCCAUUUCGUUUAGUCUUGGAGGAUUUUCGUCUCUGCUCACGUUAUAAUAACGUCACUUACGCCGCGUGGCAUGUUGACAAACCUUUGUUUGGUUUUUCUGUUGCUAUUUGCCGACUCGCCUGUUCCGGAAUUUCACUGUCAAUUAAAGAAAGAAACUUGGGAAAAGUCCUUGAGAAAGUCGGACAUACCAGUAGUACAAUUUGGCAGAUGGCGUGACAGCUUUAGCUCAGCUCUAUCCUCUAUUUAACAAAUAGAUUCCAAGUUGCCGUGCGUCUGUUCAGUAAUAGAUCACAGAUAAUGUCAAAAUGUGGUAAGAACAAAAAAGUGGCACACGAGGCAAAGCCGAGUGUGUCACUGAUGUUCUUACCACAUUUUGACAUCGUCUGUGAUCUAUUACUGAACAGACGCAUGGCAACUUGGAAUCUAUUUGUUUUAUAUAAUAAAGAAUUAAAAAAAGUUUUAACAAUGAUGUCAUAUAUGCGUCUGUCCUCCAAUAGAUCAUAAGUGAGAACCAAUCAGAAUACGUGCAUAACUGAGCUUAUUAUAUAAUUAACAAAUAGACUCCAAGUUGCUGUGCGUCUGUUCAGUUAUAGAUCACAGAUGACGUCAAAAUGUGGUAAGAACAAAAAAGUGGCACAUAGGUGCAGGCGAGGGUGUCACUGUUGUUCUUACCACAUUUUGAUGUCCUCUGCAAUCUAUUACUGAACUAUUUGUUUUAUAAUAUAUAGAUUUAGCCAAGCCUAAAAGUGGAGCUUGCAUUUUUUUUUUCCCGCAUGUCUCUAAUGAACAACGCCUUGCCAAGGCCAGGACUAGAACUCAGGUCAUCUGACUCGGAGCCCAGUGCACUGACCACUGGACUACUGAACAAAGCUGUGGCAUUGGUGUGUCCGCAGUACAGUUGACCAUGCAUAUUUAAAGUAGCACCUUGUAUGGUUGUAUGGUUGUACAUCCAAAUUUUUUGACUUGAUGGGUUACUACUAUUUUGUAUAAUUAUGGGGCUAUCCUCUGCAAGCUCCACUAUAAUAAAGAAUUAAAAUGUACGGAAAGAAAGUUUUUCCACCUAUGACAGCGUGUGUCAUAUCUGAACUUUAUUAUAAGUGAAAGUGGAGAAUCAUUGAAAACUGUUUAAGACACAGAAUACCAAGGCAUGCUAAAAAGAAAUGCAUGGCAAGCACAGUAGUUUUUUCACUUACUUUGAACUCUGGAUUUGAGAUACUUCAUCAACCACAAAAAGGGGAAAAAUACAAAAUAACAAAAGUCACUUGAAAUAAUUGCAGCAAUCUGUUUUGGUUUAUAGUGUGGAUCAAUUCUGUUUUUCUUUGUCUAAACAGGUCAGUGAGGAAAAUGAAUUGUACAAUGAGCAGAGACAAAAGAUUUUCAGUGAAGCUCAAUCCAUGAUUAAGUUAUAUCCUGCCUCAGUGGUUGCCUUGGAAAUUCUUACAAAGGCUUUUCUUCAGUCUCUGACAUCUUCACGUAAGUGCUGCAUAACAAUUGAAAUUGGUGUGACACAAAGUGGUAGAUAUCCACAGUGUUGAAUAUUAUACCGAUCAAUUUAAAGCUUCAACAUGCCCUCCCUUACCCUACUGCAGUUGUUAGCUGGUGAAUAACAUGAAGUCUUCAAUGUAUUUCAUAUAAAGUCAUGCUCAUGUGUCAAAAAUUGUCAUCCUUUGUUUUGUUUUCAUUGCUCUUUGACAAACCAAACUACUUUUUAUGCACCAGUAGAAAUGGGUAUUUAUGCUUUGUAUUUUGUUGUGAGGCAAAAUUUAAGAGAAUGGACUUUUUGGUGACCAAGUGAUGCUAUUUAAAUUUUAUUGCUUCAUGGCUCUGUGAUGACAGAGUUAAAUUUUGGACCCUAGUAUCGGAUGAAAAUAAAUCAGGAGUUUGGGGGCAGCAAAUUCUUCAUUAACGACAAAAUGAGACAAUCAUUCAGCUAAUCUUAAGCAGUUAGAGUUAUCAAAGGGAUCGAUAUUCUGCUUUACUGCUCAAUUGUGACCUUGAGGAUAACAAAGCAAGAAAAGGGUCUUUGAUUCCUUCAUGAAUUACCAUUUGGUAUGAGACAUGAAUUGGUAAUUAUUGUCAUUUUGCAUCAUUUACAGCAACUCAAGAGAUGACUAUUACAAUCCAAAGACUGUAUCACAUUCACCCUGGAUCAGAGAUUGGCAUGGUGGGACUAGGAAGUGUUCUUUUUCUUAAAAAAGACUUUGUAAUGGCACAAACAUUACUACAAAAAGGUGAAAAUAAAUUUAACCCUUUAACACCCAAGACCUGAUUGUUAAUUAUUCCCUCUAGCUGCUUAGCAUUUCCUUGUAAAUUGCCGGUAAUUGCAAGAAUUUGGUGUUGGAUCAAGAUCACAACUUCUACAUUAUUUUGAAUAUCCUCAUCACCUGUUUGGUGAAUAGUGUGUGAUAUUGUAGGGAGAGGUUACACAUGAAUCACUUAUGGGAGUUAAAGGGUUAACCAGUAGGAGGCAGUUGUGUGAAAGUUCUAUAGAGUCAGUCUGAUACAUGUUAUUUUUGUCAGUCAAUCGCCUUAACCCUUGAACUCCUAGGUCAAAUUUAUAAUUUUCCUUUCUGUCCGCCAUACAAUUCUUAUAAUGUUAAUUCAGAGAAUUAAGUAUUGGAUCAACUUAUUGUCCCCAAAUUGAUAUUCUUCUUUGUUCUCAUCACUUAUAAAAUCUGGUUGAUAUUGUAUUGAUAUUGUAAGGAGAAAUUCUGUCUUGGUCACUCAUGAGAGUUAAAGAGGUAAUUUACAUUUAAAAGAUGUAAACUAAUAAUACUCAGCUUGUGAGAAGAGAGAAUUACACUGGAAGUAACAAGAAUAAAUGACAAAGAAACAGUGAUGGAAAAGAGCAACAUGAAUUACACAAAGUGAACUUCAAAUUAAUAAGUGAAAUUGUUCAAGAUUCAUCAAUAUUAAAAUUGUAUGCUAUUUACUUAAUAGUUACCAGUAAUUUAUCAUGUACUCAUAGUAUAAGAAGAUGAUUGUAUAGCAUUACUUUCAUAGCUCUCUAUUUCGUAGAGAUGUUUGUGAUUUCAUUGGGAACACAUUCAUACUAUAUGUGGAGUGGAGAGUUAUAUCCAUUCCUUGAACAGAUUACAAGUGAGUUUAAGGCAGGAAUUAAAUGUCAUGAAAACUUUUAAUAUUCAUUUGCUCGAUUUUAGGGUUGCAGUCGUUCACUAAUUGUCCAUAUGGUUGGCUGACUCUUUGUCAGUUACAGAUUCAACUCCACGAUUACCAAGAAGCUGAGAAGAGUGCAAAGGAAGGUUUGUGUUAGUGCUUUGACGAUUCAAACUUGAACAAUAAUCUGCGAUAAAUGAGGUCUUCUUUUACAUAUUUUUUAACACACAAUACUGUUUGCAGUAUGCUGAAAAAAUUAGUAGGAAAAGUUUAAAAUGUUGUUACAUUUUACAUAUGACAGGUUUUUAAUUUAUUUAUUUAGUUGUAUAGUGAUUUCUCUUUUAUUGUUUUGUUAAAAGGUCUUGAAUGCAUGAACUCAUCAAUACCUGAUUCACGAAAAGAGCUCAAGACAAUUUUAAGGUAUGAGAACAUUUGUUCCUGUGUUCACUUAAAUAUAGCUUUUAAUUAACAGCAGUUUUGCAAAGUUUUGUGAGGGUUACAUAGCUAUAGGAUAUUUUAUGAAAUGAUAUACGUUUACAAAUAAUUGAAUCUUUAUUUAACUUAUAAACUUAUUAACCCCUCAAUUUUAAUGUAGCAUAGCAAUGGCAGAAGCUCUUCUGAAACAAGGUCCAUCAACUGCAGCACUGGCCAGCAAAAUAUAUGAGAAGGUACAUGCAUGAUGCUACAAUAAUUUUACAGACUUAUGGUCCUUCUUCUGAAGUAGAGGACCUGCUGACUAAAGGUGUACAUUAAAUUCUGCCUUUUGGUUGCAAUUAUAAGUGUUUGAUGUCUUCUUUGAACUUGAAUGUGAAAUGCAAAUGAAAUUAGUUUCAGUAUUUCCUCAUUUUAGUUACUGACAGAUGGUGGAUCUGAAGAGGAGGUUCAACUGCUUACAGGACUCGGACAAGCACAUCUCACUCUUGGUGAUAUUCAGCAGGCAACACAGGUGAAUUUACUGUGACAGUCAUUUACAGUGUGUCUUCAUAUAAACUGUGUUGAUAUGAGAACUGAUCGUCAUGAUUUUGUAUUGUGAGUUUGUGACUUAAAAAUUAGUUUUUGUUUCAGAUCUGUGCAAAAGCUCUAACUAUUGACAAAAGCUGUCCAUCAGCUCUGGCAUUGCAGGUAACAUAGGUUAAAACAGUGACUGUAUCUUUCCCUCUUGCCAACUAAUAUUUAAGUGUACUUUUCUACUUCAGCUCAUAUACGCCAGCCUUUUAGCUUCUCAAAACCUUGACAAUUGGUAGAUUGUUUCCUGUUUUAUUAAUUUUUUUUUUUCGUGCAGGGUCAAAUAAGUUUCCAUGAAGGUUACUUUGAUGAUGCAGAGUUAAGGUAUGCUUAAAUGCACAUCAACCCUUUUCCAGGGUUCUCCUUAUCAGGUGGUAACUGGUAAAAUUUACUGCUUGUAAGAACACUUAUUACCACCUGUAAACACUCAGAACCCUUAAAAAAUACGCAUUUAUGGUGAGCUAAUUUGAUAAGAAAGUGUAAUAACAAGCCAACAGUGUGUACUAUUAUAGACCUAUGUGUGCUUUAGUUAGCUAACACUGAUUGGUACCUUUCGAAUUUUGAAGCAAGAGUGAUUUUUUGUGGGCUUUCUGCUAAAUCUCAUGACAUUUGUUAGUUCUCUGCACAUGCAAAUGUGGUGUCAUUUAGUUGUUCAGUUUCCACGAUGAAACGAUAGCAAACAAUGCUAUUGUUUCUGUCCAGAGGGUGGCUGGUAAGCUUUACAAGAAUUUUAGGGGUAAACAAAACAAAGGUUACAUACUAGCGAUGGAAAAGCAGCCAAUUGCCAGAAAUAACUGCCUUGACAAAGGGACAAAGCUAGUCUUCAUCGUGAAAUUCUACUUUAAAUGUGUUUGAGACAGCGGUUUGAAAGAAGCCUUGAAAAUAAAAUCUCUCGACAGCGUAAAAGUUCUGAAUUUUAGACGAUUAGAACACAAAUUCAGCUAGUCGAUGUGAUUCGAUUUCAUAGCAAUGCGAUUCGUAGCUGACACUGCUGAUUUUCCAGCAAUAUGCCAUGUAAGUGAAGCCAAAGAUAUCACCCAAAAUCAAAGGGAGACCAGUUUACGUUAUAAGCUGUUGGGAAAGGGCAUAGUCAAAUAUAAUACUUUUAAACAAAAUUUUACUUUAUUUUUUUCAACCUCUGAACCUAAAUGUGUAUCAUUCACAUUAUGAAUUUUUCGAUGGAGAAUUUUUGAUAGGCGCAGUGUACUGUCUGCUUUAGGAAAUGACAAAGUUGAGAAUGACCAGCCACCUGAAGCUUCAAAUGUGCUUUACUGGUUUGAAAAGGUCCCUUACCUGUUGUGUUGAAAACUAGGGAGAACCCUGCUUUUCACCCUGACAUUGGUGUGCACAUAUAUUUUCCAUACUGUUCACUGUACAUUUCCUAAGAUGCUAAUAAAGAGGAUUUGUUUAACAGUCAAAAGCUUCUUUAGAUUGUGACCAUUCUCUUUAUUCUUGAUACUUAAAUGAUUGAUUCAGAUGUGAUAUUGUGAGGAGAAAUUCAAAUGCUAUCACUCCUCUGUGUCAAAGGGAUGGUAUGACAUUCAACCUUAUUGUUUAGUUGGCUUAAUAUUUAUUGAAAACUUGAAUUAGCCACCUGCACCUUGCAGAGAAGCAAGAGGUGUUUGUUGAUCACAGUUCUUUUAAAUAACCUUUGCACAUGCUGUUUAAUUAUUUUUAUAAGCAAAUUUAUUCAAAGAUGACAUAUUAACUACGAUAUGGAGUGAAAAGGUUUCUCUACAACUAUGUUGUAGAAUGAUUUUAAGUGGUUGUUUUAAUGGAUUAAAAUUGAAAUUAGGUUUUUGGAAGCAAUAGAGAAAUGUGAGGAUUGUGCAUUUUACCACUUUCUUCUUGGCAAGUUGUACUGGGAAAUGAAUGGAAAUUUGAGAGCUGACAAGAAAAAAUGCUUGGCAGAGUUUUUAAAGGUAAAAAAAUUGCUUUUUAAUAAUUUUGUAACAUGGUUCCCUCACUGUCCUACACUGUAUCUAACCUGGUAAUUCCUAAUAACCCUUUAACUUCCAAGGAUCAGAUUGUUCAUUCUCCCCUCUGGCUGCUACACAUUUCAGUUACGAGAAUCUGGUGUUAGAUCAAGAUGACAACUUCCACGUGAUAAGUCUGAGUAAUCUCAUUACCUUUUUCCUGGAUAAUGUAUGGAUAUUAUGGGGAGAAGUUAUGUGUUAAUCACUUCUGGGCUUUGAAGGGUUUAAGUAACUCUGGUUUACAUCUCUAUGUGAUCCAUCUCAAAUAUUUUUGCCCACAGGGGUUUGGUCUAAAUGUAAGGAUAUCAUCCGAGUGAUAUUCCCCAAGUUUCAAACCUUAAGUCCACUGCGAUAACUUUCUUUCAAAAUUUAAUUCAAGUUGAGAGAGGGUUUUUGGUUGUUACAUAAAAAGGGAAAUUCUUGUUUGUGCAUAAAGUCUACCAAAGCACAGUCAAAAGAAAACAUCUCACGCAGCAAAUAGUAAGCUGUUCGUAAACAUUUUAUCACACCUGUAAAAUCUCUGAAGGAUAAUAAACACAAUCUCCUUAAUUUUGCACGAAAAUGUACUUACGAUUGUCAUUUGGGCAUGUCAUUCUUUCAUUAAAAAAAACAGUAUUUCUCCUUCAAUUUCCUGUUAAAAAUUAAACCAUGAAAAUUUCUGGCACAAUUUUUUUCAGGCAGCUAAGUUGGAUUCAUAUUACUCUCCGACAUUUCUGUACUUGGGACAUUACUACCAUGGAGUAUUGAAAGAUUUAAGGUACUGUAGUCGACACAGAUUUAUCUUUCACACAUGUUAUUAGAAGUAAUAACAUGAUUUCGAGUGCAAUGUCAAAAACUUCGAAAUUGACGUCAUUAUUCACAGCAUUUGCUUAUUUAUUCAUUUUAAAAUCAAAUUGAUUUCAUCUUAACGUGGGUCUGUACUUGAAAAGAUCACAGAAGACGUCACAAUGUGGUAAGAACAUUACUGCGUCUUGUGGGCCUUUUUUGUCCAACCACUUUUGGACGUUAUCUUUGAUCAUCACUGAACAGACCCACGGAAACCUGGUAUCUGUUUGUUUUAAAAUUUGAUGAAUAUUUGUGCAGUGGUGUGUUGACAACAGUGAAGUCACAUGACUGGAUUUGAUCUAUAUUGUAUGAUUUGCAAAAGGAUGAAUUGUCGUUGAUAUCGGAAUGAUUCAUUAUUAAUUCUUAUAUCACUGUUUAGCAAAGCUAGCAGAUGUUAUCAGAAAGCGUUUGAUCUGGAUCCAAGUUCCGUUGUCGCUGGAAUAGCUUUAGGAGAUUCUCUUAUGGAAGUGGGAAAUGAGGUGAAUGAAAUGGUUCAAUCUGCGAACAAGUUGUUUCUAAAUACGUAGUUUAAAUGCUCUGAAAGUCAGAGUCCCUGUGAGGAGUCGCACCCUGACUUUCGGAUCUCGCGCCUCGAUGUUUCACUUUUGAGCCACAGAGAAUACAGUAAGAUAGGCCGUUACUAAGUUCAUAUGGGAAACGUGUCUUUUAGAGAGCAUCUGAAUCUGUGCUCGGAACCCGAGGAUCUGAAGUCAAUUAUUCGUGGGAACUCUAAAUUUUUUUUUUUCUUUUUCCCGCGCUCGUAACAAAAUAAAUUCAUCUUUUUUUUCUUUCACUACGAAGCCCAGAAAAGUUACCAUGCUGGUUGAUUUUUCCAUCUUAUGCUCAUGAACAGCAAAUUAUAUGGCACUGAAUUGUCUUAGGAAAUUUUGCUUUCUUAGGCAAUUCUCAGUUGAAUGUUGAGAGUAAUCUGGGAAUUUUCUGGUUUUGCUUUACUCGGUUGUGUGAUUAAGGCCACUUCCUGAACCAAUCAGUAUCAAAACUAAAACCAAUCGCGACUUGCUCACUCGCAUUUUCCCGCGCUUCAAGCAGUUUGCUUGUUUUUACUCACUUUGAUUUCUCAUUGGUUCCGCCUGAUAUUUUCCUUACUGUGAUUGGUUGUUGUGCUUACUAUAGUUUUGGUUUUACGACACUCAGUCGAGAAGCGCUCUAUUCGUUCAGUUUAUUUCUUUACUGAAUUUUGCGACUGUAUGGUUAUCUUAGGUUGCUGCACUCAACUUGUACAAGAAUGUUACGUCUGCAUCAUCGCCCGGAGAGUACGUAUUCAUAUCUACUUUUAGUAAUUCCAUCUAUUCCUCUGUUUGGUUACAAAUAUUUUAUGUUGUCAAACCAUAGUAAGUAGUGGUAAUUGGUCAGGAAAAUCAUCAAACUUUUUGGUUACAAGUUUGGUGCGGUUAUGUGAACCCAACUGCGCACAACUUUUAGAAGCUUACUGAUCAAAUAAAAACUGCACUAGCUGAUAGUGUUCUUUCUUGUUCUCUCAAGGGGUAAAUGGGCGUGGCUACGGCUCGGAUUAUUUCACCUGAAACAGAACGAAAGUACAGCGGCCAUAUCAUGGUGAGUUCAGUUAUCGUUAUCUUGAUACGAUCUUUAGAGAUCUAUUCGACAAAUUCGCAAGGAAAUUGUUUUGUUUAUCGUAAGGGAAACGAUCGUGAAACCGGCUCAAAUUCGAAUUGACGAUGUAGAUGGAAAAAAUUAAGAAAAAUAAAACAUAAAUAGAGAGCACCAGUUCUUUACAACUGACAAAUGAGAACAUCCUUGUUUUACACUGCAUUGACCAAACAAUCUCUCAGUUAGUACGUGCGCUAUGCAUGUGCGUUAUUAUAUCUGUCAGCUAGUACGUGUGCUAUGAUUGGUUAAUUUAACGGGCCGUAUUUCAUUGAACGGCCCGCUAAAUUCAAAAGUUUGUUUGAAUUGAAAUCUUCCCCUCUCUAUUUGAACCGAGAGAUAUAAUGAAUAUCUUACUAACAUGGUUUUUUUCGGGGUCCAUACUGUAAGUUACGUAACCUCGUUUUUCUGUUCGAUUUAUAGCCCGCGCGUUUCACGUCUGGGUCAUAAAUCCGAGCGGAAAAAUUUCGGCCGUGACUUACAGCACGGACUUAGAACUCGUUUAUUGAGAUGUAUAUAUUGGCAAUUGAUUUAUGAGUUGAACUCUGUCCUCGAAUGAGUGCGGCGUUAGAAACGCUAAAUAUGCAUGAGAGCCGCAGCGGUAUUGCCGAAAUGACAGUCCGAAGUUGCUCCUAUCCAUAGACGUUGUAAUGACUGAUUUACCAACAACCCGCGAAAGAGGAAAGCAAAUUGGGGUGUUUUUUCAGGACCUGUUUGUUUAUUUUAUAUCCUGUUUGUUUAUUUAUAAAAAUGUUAAUCGAUUCCCUGUGUUUCCCUCUCGGGACACAUUGAGACUGUCAACCAAUCUUAGUGUGUGUUUGUUUUAUUAUUAGAUUAAGAUGAUCGUUAAAGCAUUUUCAGUUGAUUGUCGAAAGUUAACCGGGGUCGCUUUGGUUUUGUCGUCUUCGCUAUCUUAUAGGUCCAGAAAAAACUCCCGCCACUUUCUCGGUCAAUCAGAUUAAAAACCGCAACCAAUCGUGACUUGGUCACGAGUUCGCAUUUUCCUGCGCUUCAGGCAAUUUGCUUGGGUUUACUAUGAGUUCUCAUCGGCUGCUUGAGUUACCUCCCUCUCAUCUGAUUGGCUCUCGUGAUUACUAUGGUUUUAAUUUACAACACUUGAUUGAAAUGCGCACUAAGGUUUUCUGGUUGUUUUUUGUUGUUCUUUUAUCUUAAAGAAAUCAUUAUUAUUUGAGUUCUAAAUAUGAAUUGCUUCUCGUAUAAGUUUUCAGAGUACCCUAAGAGCUGAUCUCAAAGACAGGUAGGUGACAAGUGCAAUGUUACAUUCUGAUUUUCAUUUAGUUCCUUCUACAGUUAUUUUCCUUUAACCAUUUAAGCCCCAAGAGUGACUAACAUCUUACUUCACCUUACAAUAUCCCCCCUGAAUGAAACAUUCAAGUCACGAGAUUGAAGGAAAUGAUCAUCGACUAAAGACGCUCUUGAUGGUCAAACAAAUUCUCCUUUUCAGCCCCUUAGGAAUUGUACAGGGAACAGUGUGGAGAAUAUGCUUCCUGAUGUUGUUUUCCUUUCUCUUUUAGGCAUUGCUGGGAAUGUCUUGGUGAAGCGUAUAUGAGUCGUGGAAGCUACAUCGCGGCUAUGAAGGCUUUUACAAAAGCUUCUGAGGUUUGAACUUUCCGCUCUCAAUUCGUAACGCUGUAGUUACGUAAAAAUAAGCUCGAGUAUCUCUGUUAUAUAGCCCUUUAUAGAAACGUUGUUUCUCCCUACUCUAUUAGAUAAAUGCAGAACUCAAUCAGUCAGUGAACAACCAGCUAGUAAGUCGGUCAGUCUGUCCGUCUAUCUGUCUGUCUGUUUGUCUGUCUGUCUGUCAGUCAGUCAGUCAGUUAGUCUAUUAGUCAGUCAGUCUGUCUAUCUGUCUGUCAGUCGGUCUUCAAUUAGUCAGUCAGUCCAUCAGGCAGUCUGAUUGUCUGUCAAUCGGUCUUCAGUCAGUCAGUCCAUCAGACGGUCGAUCAUUUUAUUUGUACUUUUUAUGGUUCAAAAUAAUCAUGAUAUUUUUGUAUAUUCACAGCUUGACCCAUCUUCGCUCUACUGCCUUUACCAGUAAGUGUACGCUCUGUGUGUUCAUUCGCUGUCGCUUAAAAUGAGAGCUGUUAAUGUAAUUUCGUUUUGUGUUUCAAUGCAAUUUGUGGACAGGGAUUCAGUUGGAAAGGUUUGAGGUCAUUUGCGAUAGUUUUCAACUGAUAAUGUGUGAUGAGAAUGUAGUUAUUCGUGAAACAUGCUUCCUCGCGAGUUAUUUUGUGAACGAUGAAAUUGGAUCCAGACACUAAAGAUAUCUGGGAAUGACGACCCUUGCGCUCGGUUAGUAAGAGGUUACUUUUGUCGGCGCUCUAAUCGGUUUUAUGAAAAUUUCUUUUAGGUUGGCGGCCAUUAAACAGUUAUUGUGUGUACACAGUGAAGCAAUCAAGGAAUAUAAACUGAUUCUGGAAAUGCAACAUGAUUAUGUUCCUGCAAUGAAAGGCAAAGUCUCAAUAUGAUUUAACUGUGUUAAUUUGAAAACUUCAAAUUCAGUGAAACCCGAAUGAAACUGACACCCAGGGAGACCCCCGGUAGUGUUUACCGCUUAAUUCAGCCAGGGUGGCUUCUUAAAAGAGGUUUCAUGGACUACGCAUCAUAAGUUGAUUAUAUACUCCUGAGUCGAAAAGGGCUAGUAAUCAAAUGCUUUUCAAACUAAUUGUUCAAGAAGAUAGAUGGAUACAAGCAAAUGCCAGAACAAGUGUUUUAGAAGCAAGCUCAAUGAUCUUCACCUGUUCUUGCUCUCAGUGAAAGGAAACUGCAACUGUUCGCUCACUACAGUCUUCCUGUCUCAAGAGCGCUCAGUUUUAGUUUCUGCAUCCACUUCUUAAAGGUGUCCGCUGAAAACAAGUUCUUUAACUUUUCAAAGCUAAUUCCGGAGGGAAAACUCGGCAAUUCAGCCCAUGUUCGCUCAAUACAGAUUUAACUGUAAUAACAUUCUCGAUGAAGAGUAUCUGUUUUCUAUGAAGUAGAGUUCAAAUCUUUUUCUUUUACGUGAUCCUCACAGAGCUUUGUUCUUGUUGUUUUAAUUUGUAGGACUCGGUGAGACGUAUCUCAACCAAGCACGAUCCGCGCUGCAGCAGGAUUUUAAUGGGAAGGCUGUGGAUUGUGUAAUGGCAGCCAUUCACGUUUUGGCUCGGUAAGUGAACAUUAUUUUCCUCUUUUUCGUAAUAUUUGAUCACUUAAUCUUGCAUCCAAACGCCAACAGUAAUUCUUAAACCUUGCCUACACUGCAUGGUCGUGUACUUAUUUACUUAUGCGCAGCUUCGUUAAAAAUUAAAAAUAAAAAAACCCGAGCAACUUUGUCAUACCCGAUCGUGAGUAAUAUACGAACAAACAUCAAACGACAACCAGCGACAAAAUUGUUGACAGAUUACUGAUGCGAUCGUAAUGUUUUAUAAUCGUAUACCAAUUUUAUCCCUAUUACUUUUACUUUUACUUUUACUUUUACUUUUACCCACGCUCAUCUUCAUUAUUGUACUCUUUUUACUGUUAUUGACCUCAUUAUUUGGGAUAGAGAGGUGCUGCGUUUUUAGCUCAUUGAAGACAAUUUUGGAAGGGGCAGGAUGUUUUUUUAAUCUUAAAACGCGAUCUGUUGCGUAAUUUCAGUUUUCCUUUUAUUGGUGGAGAUGUGAUUUCUCGAGCAUACGUCUCCUUAUACACCCUAACAUCAGUAUCCAUAUUCUCCUCCAUACGUUUCUUUUAGUACUGAUAAGGAGAAUUUGUCUAGCAAUCAAAGCCUCUAAGGUUGGCGAUCCUUUCCUUUAAUCUCAUAACCUAAAUGAAUGAUUUAGCGAUAUUACUGUGAAGAAAAAUUAGAUGCUGAUCACUUUUAAGGUUUAAAGGGUUAACGCAACCGUCUGUAGACCUAUUUACUCGCAAAGGUAGGCAGAAAGAGCAGAAAUAUCGAAUCUUAGUUUUAUGUUUUAUUUUGUAGAGCAGUGCAUUGCAAACCUGGUCUGUCAUGCCUGUGGAAACUUAUCGGCGACUGCUGUACCAUUAUUCAUCCUGUGUCCAACAUCUCCAUUAGGUAGGACAGCAGUAAAAUGCAAACUAAAUAUAAGGCAAGAGUAAUCUGGGAUUGCUUUGGUUUUUCUUUUCCUCGAUCAGUGAUUGGUCCAGAAAACUUGUCCCUAUCCAAUCAAAUGGAAAACUAAAACUAAUCAGAACUUGGUCACCUGCGUUUUCCCGCGCUUUAAGGAGUUUGCUUGUUUUUACUCUGAAUUCUCAUUUGAUCCUUUUGAUUUCUUUCUUUGUUCUUAUUGGCUGUUCUGAUAAUUCCAUGUUGGGAAAUCAGGUUUCAGGAGUACGUGCAAUUUCCACCGACUAUCAUAUCUCGACCCACUUUGUGUGAAUGGCGAGCACCCACGUUGUACAUCAAACUCUUGCUUAAUAGAGCGCUUUUCGAUCGAGUGUUGUGAAACCAAAACCAAAGGAAUAACAACGGCCUUUCAGAGGAAAGGAAAAUACCUUUAAGAGCCAACGGGAACUCAGAGUAAAAACAAUCAAACUGCCUAAAGUGCGGGAAAACGCGGGCGACCAAGUCGUGAUUGGUUUUUAAUUUUUCAUCAGCUACGGUUGAGAGACUGGCGCUAGUUUUCUGGACCAAUCACAGCGCGAAUUAAAGCAAAAACGAAGCCAAAGUCACAAGUCAAAAUCCCUUCCGCUCACUGCGAUCGACAAUGUUCAUGGUUUUUAAGAGUAGAAUAUGUGGGAUAUCUGUGGUCGCUGUGUAAAUGUGUCUGUGGUGUUUACAUUGCAGAGGAACAAUUCCAGAUAAUUUAAAGAAGCACAUUCACGGAGAGCACAAUGAUCUGGAUAAGAAACAGCUACUUGCUUUGGGAUCAGGGUAAGAACUGAUUACAUGACAAUCAACGUUUUCCGGAGACACUUAAAGCCAAUGAAUCAAACGGAAUUAAAUUUAGACCACGGUUUUCGUCAAUUGAUAAACCUUGGGAAUCCUCUAUAGGUGGGCUGUUUGAUAUAAAUAACUUUUUUUCAAGCCUUCGUGUCAUUAUUCACCCUGACUAAGAGAUUAUAAACUAUAAUCUUUUGCCCAAACCCAAUACGUACAUAAAGCUUUUGUCUAAUUUGAACGCGUUCUCUCGAUGUUUUCACAGUCUUGAUAAUAAUUUUUCAACGUAUCAUGAAUGUUGUAUUUUUUUUUUCUUUCCUGUACGUAGUGCUUAUGGAAGAGCAUUGAAACUGCAGCCUGACUGUGGAAGCUUGUGGGGUGAUUUGGGAUUCAACUGCUUUCAGCAAGCCAAGGUGGGUCUAAUGGAAUGUAACCUGUGAUCAGGUGUUCCUUUAUUCGGGGUGCGCGAUAUUCGGCCAUGCCACGCUAUCGCGCUUCCCGUAAAAAAGAACACCUGACCGCAUGUCAAAUAGAGUGGUGUUCAGCAGUGUCUCUUGGAUAAACGUAAUGCUGGUCAAUUGCGAGGAGCCAUUUUGAGCGAGCGCUACAUUACAAAUCAAAGCUGUUUUGGUUUGCCUUGUUAUUGAUCAAGGUAGUGGCAUAACGUCCAACCAUUUUAAGAAGCCUGAAACACUUGUACGACACUCGAUUGAGAGGCUAUUUUUUAAAUCAAUCUCUAUAAAAAGAAGCCUUUUAUUCAAAUAAAUGGGAAACCCUUCGACUCUUUUUUUCUUUUUCUUCUUAUUUUCUAUUCCCGUUUCCUCACAGAUUUUGAAGGGAGAUAUGAAAGAGAAGAUGGCGCAUAGGUCUCUGCAGGUGAGCAAUUUAAAAAAUGCUCCUGUAAGAAGUUAUAAUUUAAAAAAUUUCAAGGGAAGGGAACGUUGUAUAGAAAAUGACUCGACCUGAGGGGAACGAAAAUUAUUUUUACAUAGCGAGUGGUUCGAGUGAUCGAUGGUACAGUAAAUGUAUAGCGGAAGUCAAGGGGUACUAUCGAUUUUGGUUCAAGUUGGCGCAAAGUUGGAGUUUUACUGAACGAUAAUUCAGAUUAAUUGCAUGUAAACAACUUCGUGUGCGGGAAAAAGCGUAGGACCAAGUCGCACUUGGUUCUAGUUUGCACCUGUUUGGUUGAGAGCUUGUGUAAUUUAUACAGAAAAAUUUUCCUUCUAUGUCACCCAAGUGUUUCUAUUUGACUCUUCCAGGCUUUGAAGAAAGGGUUAACCCUACAGCCGUCUAACCACAAACUUUGGAAUAGUUUAGGAGUAGUGGCGGCAUCUAGAGGUAAUGAUUGCAGAGUGUGACUGGAGAAGAUAAAGCUAAGAGACGAAAUACUUCAUGCAAACCAUAGUCGAAAUGAAAGCCUUAUCAGUGUAAAUUAACAAUAAAUUUAUCUACCAGAGCCCAGUUGCAUAAGGGGCGGAUAGCGUCAUUUAACGGUAAAUCACUAUCCAUAGGAUAGGUGAUAGCAAAACGUAAUGCGCUAUCCAACGGAUAGAGAUUUAUCCACUAGAUAGGGUUGUCCAACCUCCGAACAACUGGGCCCAGAAAAAACUGUAUUGACAUGUACCUCAGGUGUGACUGAAGUGUUUUGGUGGAAAACGACUUUGACAUUAGGGGUUCGCGGACUUGCAAAAUACCUAAAACACGCUAAACAUUGUUAUUCUUACAGAAGUCAACAAUCCAGACCUCAGCCAGCAUUCAUUCAUCAUGUCGAUCAAGACUGAACCAAAUGUAAGUGUUAGCUUCGGUAAACGGAACCAGUUAAUCCUACAAAACUCGACAAAAACUGCCUAAAGAUUGAACAAGAAGUGAUCAUGUCCAAUUGGAACUUACACUUUGUACUUGACAACGCCUCCACAUUUGUCCGCUGUAACACAAUAACCAUUAGUAAAGAGCUUUGUUAUGUGUACUCGUACUGCAACUAUAAUUGUAAUGAUAGCUGCAUGCCUAAGAAUUCAGUUUUUUUCGUCCUUUUUUCGACCAUUUCAAUAGACCCUGCAGUUGUUAGAAAAGUAUUCAAACAAUUUUAUGUUUUGCUUGUAGAAUGUUAUAGCUUGGACAAACUUAGGAGUGCUGUAUCUAAAGCAUGGUAAAAUUGAGGUAAAUCGUGACUUGCAUCUAAUUUCUCCCAACAAUAUCACCCCUUGAAUCAAACAUGAAGGUCAUGAGAAUAAAGGAAAUGAUCAUCAACUGAAGAAGCUCUUGAUUGAGAAGCAAAUUCUCCUGAUCAGCAUCUAAGGAACUGUCUAGAGAACAGUAUGGAGAAUAUGCAUACUGAUGUUAGGACGUAGAGGGUUAAAUAUCACACUCACCUGCAAUACGUAAUGUAAUCUGUUACGCGCUCACACAUCGUAGAGGGCGACGUGAAUGUCAGGUUGAACCAAAUACUCAUAAACUAAGAAUUGUUGUUUUUACAUACACUUGGUAUUUGCCACUAGCGAUUAAGGAAGCCACUGACGGAAGGAAAAUUUUUUCUUUGGUUUGCGAAGCACAUACUGCAGGUAGAAAUAUUUUCAAGAUUGAUGCUUUAAACAUUGUGAUUGUUUAACAAUAAGUAUUUUUAUUUUCGCGUUGUUCUUUACAGCUUGCUCAUGAGGCAUUCAAGAAUUCUCAGGCUUUAGAUCCAUCGUAUACAGCUGCGUGGAUUGGUCAGGUAAAUAUAGGUAUUAGAUAUUAUUGAUAAUUAUUAUCGUCGUUAUCAUCAUCAUCAUUAUCACACUUUUAAUCAUGAUUAACCUGUUGGUGUCAGCUGUUAUCAAAGUGUACCUUGGGUAAGCGAAAAUAGCCAGAAAAUUCAGGCAAAAGUGUUGCUUCUUACACCUUAUGCGCUGAAUGCGGACAUAAAGUUAACUUUCGAAGUACGCCACCAGUGGUGUGCAAAUUGAAACUAGACUACGCUGAUUGGUUUAGUGAGUUAUUUAACAUUAGUAGCACAUGAGAGGUUGCAAAGGAGUGCCAGGAAAGGAUGUUUGUAGAUUAUAAAAGACCUCGAGAAUGAUGUUUUUUUCGUCUUGUCACGAGCGUGAGACAUAGAAAAAAAUCAGAGUACCCAUGAGGAAUCGAACCUCAGACCUUCGGAUUCCGCGUUCCGGUGCUCUACCACUGAAUCAUAGAGACUCCACGGUGAGCGAGGUCUGUUACAAAGUUCAUAUGACACGCGUCCUGCAUACUGCUAGGAUCAGCAGUGUCGAUAGCGUAAUGUUUGUAUAAAAGACCUAUUUUUAACAUGAAGGGUUUCAAUAACGGCUGGUUAUCAGCGUUCCACCGCGGCCUUAAAAACCUCUUAUCGCCGUCGGUUUAGCCUGCCAGCAAGCUCUCGUAUAAUUGGGUUCCGCCUUAUGGUAUAGUUCACAUUUAGGGAGUAUUAUUUUCAUUCUUCAGUGUAGGGGAAGCUUCUGUUUGUUUCAGUGAUGUUUGCAUUGUUAAGGUAACGUUAUAUGUUGCAAUUAUUUUCCUCAAUUUAAAGGCAACCAUUGCUGAGAUUAUUGGAAAUGAGGAAGCUAUGGACUUGUUUCGACACACAACGGAAUUGGGCUCACACGUAAGGAACACCUUACUUUAUUAAAAAAAAAAAAAAUCACUUCAGGUCGUCACCAAAAUCGAAUUUAGGCUUAUUACCUCCAUGAAGUUUAACCAGAAUGGUUUCAAAAUGGAUGAUUUCCAAACAUUAUCAAAAUUUUUUUUUGUCAACGUUGUGCAUCUUAAAAAACUUAGUUGCAAGUUUCUCCAUCCCUAGCAAUCUUGUGAUCAUUUGUUGCUUUUCAUUCUUCAGUAGCUUUUUUUUUCUCUCGAAAUUUUUUAAAAGUAUGAAAUUCUCCAUGAAGAACCUCUGAAGGGCUGACGUAACUUCCACACAGUCACAGUGUUGUUUCUAAAAAUAUAUCAACUUGAAUUUUCUUUCCUUUUAGGCUUUUAUGGAGGUUGUUUUCCAAUGUGUACUCCGUGCUAAAUCUGUCUAAAAAUUCCCUUUUCUGUUUAUUCUCCUUUAUCGCAAAGGUGCGCAAACCUUUGAAACGUUUUUGUUUGGUAAAUGACAUUUUCUCUUUUCAGGUCGAAGGUAGCAUUGGCUACUCUCAUUGGGUCUGUUCCAGUCUCAUAUCAGAGAAAUCGCGUGAGAGUCACGUGAUACUCAAAGGAAAACCCGCCGCCACUCUAUCGCAUCUUCAUCCGGAAUACAGAAAGGCUGUGCUUCAAUCAGCCACUGCCCUCAGUAAAUACACUGGUAUUGCAAUUUUUUUAUGUGUAGAACUUUAUGAAUUAAAAAGUUAAAAAUUUUCUUCUUGCCACGAUUGUGUUGUAAAGGAAAAAAUUCGGGUGUUUGAGAAAACGUAAGGACAAAACUGCUUUCUUAUAAUAUCUCUCAGUUAGUAAGUGCACUCUGGUUGGUCUAUUUAGCGUCUCGUAUUUCCACGUCUAACCCGCCAAAUUCAAAAGUUUAUUUGAAUCGAAAUCUUUCCCCCUCUAUUUGAACCCAGAAAUAUAAUGAAUAUCUUACUGACUUCGUUUUCUCGCACCGUACUGUAAGUUAUGGAACCUUUUUCCCCCUCGGUUUAUUGUUCACCAGCGUAGCGCGGGACAAUAAACCAAUAAAUUUUUACCGAACGGAAAAAUAAUCGGUCCAUAACUUACAGUACGGACCCCUUACUCGGUUGGUAAGAGGUAUGUGUUCAUGUUACUUUCCUAGAUCGCGUAAGGGACAAUGCUGGUGCCUACAAUAUGUACGGACUGCUGUUAGAACACCAGAAACUCUUCUUACAAGCAGAGAAAGCCUUUAAAAGGUAUCCCCAUGUUUCUAGUACUGAAAUUAUCUUACGAGUAGCUUGGUUACAUUUUUAGACAAGUUGAUUCGCCCUUGCAUUUACUGUAAUUUAUGGGUGAGGCACAAUUUGGGUCAAAAUGUGAGUUUGCUCUUUUUACUUAUUUCACUGGAGACGGGUUAAAAUUGCUGAAUGCUGAUGAGCUGAAGCGGGGGUAUUUUUUUCAUGGCGAAUCGAUCGCAAAUCUGAUUGGCUAAACUAGUGCUAUCACCAAUUGUUGGUUGUCAGUUAAUUUGUUGUUGUUGUGUUGUUGAUAUUCUCAGUGCAAUCGAUCUUCUUCGAGAACGUGCAACGAAUGAUGAUCAGCAACAUUUAAAUACUGUACUUGUUAACUAUGCUAGAGUGCUCUGGUAAGUUGUUUCUUUUUUUCUUUGUGAAGGAGGGGGGGGGGUAAGGGUUAGGUUGUUGUUGAAGUUAUCCUGUAAUGGUUGGCACCACACCCGGGUAAGAUCAGCAAUACUCCUACUGGCUCCGUGGAAACCUAUUCUUUUGUUUUUGUUUUCCUUUUCAGUGCAAUGGGACGAUAUAAGGAAGCUGUCGAGACUUACCAAGCAGUGAAGCCACUGACCGCAUUUCAUGACUUGUGCGGGCUCGCGCUAUCAUUAUUCAUGGGCGGCCAGUUAAGAGAAAGUUAUCAAGGUAAUCAACUAAGCCUGAAAUACUCACAGACUUGUUCGUAAUCAUGAGAUCAAUUUUUGUGAAAACCUUGGAGGAUAGUAUCCUAAUGUAAUACUCAAAUACAUUCGACGUAUUUGUAUGGAAAAUAACAUGAUUUCUCAUGCAAAUUGGUGUAAAUAGACACGAGUACAUUUGUCAAAGACGUAAAAAUUGCACGAGCCCGUACAAUGAUUGAUUUCUUCUGUGAUGUGUUACAAGUGCCUAUUUGUAAUUUUCACUCGUGUUACAACUUUGCAUUCGUAUUACAUAAUGCACUCGUUUUCUGGCAAUCGGAAGCGCGUAAUUUUUUCUUGCACAUUAUUAACGGAAAAAUGUCUAGCAGCUAAAUCAGAAAAUUACCAAGCAAAUCUUGGUCGUUAAAAGGUCAAACUUUUUCUUUUUACCAAAAGAAGAACAUUACUUUUUUCAAUGUCAGCUUAUGAGCAAGCUUUCCAGUUGGCUGCCACAGAUGCCGAUAGAUCUUGCAUUCUAACCGCCAUGGGCAUGCUGGGAUACGCGCUUGAUGACAAAGACGGAGCAAAAGCAAUGCUUUUUAAAAGGUGAAAAAGAAGAUUGAAAGAAGGAAAAGUUUUUGCUGUAAAGGAGAUUCAAUAACGUUGUAUUUACCAAAUUUGAUUUUAAGAGAAAUUUUUGGAAAAAAAAAACUUUCAUGUUCGUCGUUUUCUCUUGCAGUUCUCAGUUGCAACCCGCUUGUGAUCGCGGGCUCAUGGCACUGUGUGCCUUUGGUUUGGUCAGCGGUGAUGCUACAUUGGCUGGAGCAGCCCUCGGUGAACUUAUGAACCGAGAGAACGGUAAGUCAGGUUAUGCAGAGAAUAAAUGGGAGGAGAGGGGUGGGGAGGGGAGAGAAAAGACAUUUUAGGAACACCUAAGCGGUAGAGCAGCAGUAACCUACUUGUGCCAGGAUCCAACGUCGAAAAGGUUUUCUUGAAAAAAAUUCAGUCCAAUUUACAUUAACCCUUUAACUCCUAAGAGUGACUAGCAUCUAAUUUCUCCUAACAAUAUCAUCCCUGAAUCACACAUUAAGGCCACGAGAAUAAAGGAAAUGAUCACCUACUAAAGAAGAUCUUGAUUGUUAAACAAAUUCUCCUUGCCAAUGCCAUAGGAAAUGUCUAGAAAAAAGUAUGGAGAAUAUGCGUUUUUUCCAGUAAGAGAUCACAGAUGACAUUAAACUGUGGUAUGAAAUAAUAGGCGGCACACGAGGUGAAGCUUACUGAGUAAAUAAUGUUCUUACUUCGUUUUGAUUUCUUCUGUGAUUUGUUACUGUACUGACCCACGGAAUCAUGGAAUCUUUUUGUUUUAUGUGAGAAAAAUGGCAUGUUUUUGUUGAUGGUGAUGUCAUGGAUGCGUCUGUCCUCUGAGAGAUCUUAAGUUAGAAGCAAUCAAAAUGCGUGUAUGAUUCAGCCUAUCAUCUUAACACAAACCUUUAGUUUAUUAUGUGUUAAUUUCUUGUUUGUUAGGUACUGAUGAAUUGACAGGUGAUAUUUGCUAUCUUUACUCACGGUUUUACGCGUUGCAGGUAUGUCACAAGUUUCUCUUUACGUUUGUUUUAUUUGUGUUUCGAGUGCAAUGUAACUGUUGUUCUUAUCACGUUAUAGGGAAACCAAAAACUUGGACGGAGUCACAUCAUGAAAGAGAUCCAUCGGUAAGAUGCCAUAGUUCUUUUCUUUCCUUUGUUCCUGUCCUAUAAGGGCCUUUUUACUCGAACUUGGGUUGAUUUUUAGCCCAGGCUGAAUCACCUCUGUUUACUGUUUCACAGCAAUCCAAGAAGCAGCUUAUUGUGGAGUCAGUUGGCAUCGUAUCUACUGCAAGCCUGUCCCGACGAGUUGCAGGUAAAAAGAGGCUGAUUUAAUGAUGUGAUGGUAUAUACCAGACUAUACAUCAGUAACAUGCAGAUGUACUGUGACAAGUAUUCCCUGUCUGGAUUUAUCUGGCUAUCUAACUAUCGUUCAAGUUAUGUGUAGAGUCGUUGAAAAUUACGAGUGGAGGCAACUGUGUGGCGAGCGCAAGGGCGAGACAAACUCAUGGCUGGUACAAACGCAAACAGCACAAUGCACUUGUAAGACCGUGCACUAAUUGAUCGGUUGUUGUGAAGAAAAGCUCCCUGUAAAAACCUGUCAGCCCACUAACGGCCAACUGGUCGUUAGCCUACCGGUGGGGGCCUGUCGGUUAUCUGUCGGCCGACAUUCGGUAGAGGGGAGCUAUUUAACGACUGCCGAUUAAUCAAACAGAACGGACUUCAGCGCGGGAAAGUGAGCUUUUAAACCAAAUCGCAGCUAGCUGACGAUAUCCUCUAUUAUUGCCGGGUCAUGGCUUGGCAAAGGGUGGGGUAAUGGUUAUUUUUUAUGAAGAUUAAAAUCGUGUUUGCUAUUCGAAAUCUGUUAUUUUUGCAGGCUGCUGCUCGCUGCUCUGAAUCUUCUGCUACACUUGGAGGAAGUCAUUCAGCAGAGGUGUGUUCGAAAAUUUUCUAUGUACGGUAGUUAUUUUGUAAGAAUGACGUAUUACUAGUUUAGAACGAAAGCUAUUCCAAUGAAAAUGUUCAAAAUAUACUCUGCAUUAAGAGGAUGGAGAACGAAACACCAACACCAACCAGAAUAGGUACUUAGAGAGAUUGUUCUAUUUCUCUAUUAACAGCACAAUCCCGCUUUUCAGCCGGCCGGUAUCGUGGGUUCGGGUUCCUUACGUCACGACAACGGCAAAGUCAAUCUUAUGGGUGCUACACACAGGACUCGCACAGGUCUUAGAGCAUCCCAGAAGGCUGUUCACGCGCAUCCUGAUCAUUCGUCUAGCUGGGCAGUGCUAGCAGCUUCUGUUACAGCUCACGAUAUAGCUAAGAGUCGUGAGGAACUGGGGAGGGACAAAAGCACUCUCGGCGCAAGGCUCUCUCAGUUUGUGGAAUCAACAGGUAUUGGAUGUACGAGGGAAUCCCGAUUAAAACUUCGUUUUGAAAGGAGUAAUUAUCGUUGGGUACGAAAAAUCGGAGUUUUAAUUUGGGGCCGGAAGUCCAGCGAUUGCUUAUUAAUAUUGUAUCCGCUUCCUCAACGUUGAUUAUGUCAAGAGGGCUUUUAUCUAACACUGGAAAACAUUAAUUUACUUUAAACAAUGAUAUCGAGGUCGGUUGAUUAUCUAAAACCACGACCUGGACUUUGUUUAAGUAACGGCCCCACAGUAUUAAAUUUUGAAUGGCUGGUAGAUUUAUACUUAAAUAAUUAGAUUACUCACUCUGGAUUUCAGUGCUCAGAAAUCUUGAGCUCAUAAUCUAAUGGUUGCCGAGUGGAAAAUGUCUAAGCUACCUUGCGCAAGGGGGGUUUUUGCUGUCUUGUUUCAAACUUAUAUUGUUUUAUGGUACAGCUCACGGGCAGGUAGGUGCUCUGAAGUCCCUAUCUGACCAUCAGCUGCCUGCCCUUGUUAAGUUACGGACUAGUCAUCUGGAGACCCUGCAGUCCUGGGCCAUUAUUCACCAUGGUUACUGUCUCCUGCAUGCUGGACGGCAACAAGAGGCGGCUGAACUUGUUGACAAGGUAGGUGAGACUUGGUGAAUCCCUCCUGUUUAUUCUACUUCACACUUCUGUUAUUGGAGAAAAUUAAGAUUGAGUGUCGAAAGUAAGACGAAAACGCUUUGUUCGCAUUACUUUACAAUACAAUACAAUGUAAGUUUAUUGUGUCAUAGACUAAGCUAUUCAGGUGUGACAUUACAUAAUGAAAUGACACAUCAGCUAAUUUGCAGAUAUUCCGCAUGAAUGAAAAUUACUUUAACUUUGCUAUGUUAUUGGUCCCAAAAUUUCGCACCAUCCUCUCUUGCAGGACCUUUCAAACUAUGUUAUUUUUAUGUCAAGUGAGAUUUGAGUAAUCUUAGUCUUGUUACGCAAAUGGUAAAUAGAAGUCUUAGUUGCACAUACUUUACUUGAUAUGACGAAUUUCAUCUCACAGUAGUACAGCCUAUGUUUUUUUUUAUUAUUUUUAACAAUCGGUAGAUCUAAUCCUUGCUUUUUAUCUUGCAGGCGUUAUUGGUGUACAGUUCGGUACCACAAAUCUCCGCUCAACUCCACUUCUUAAAGGCUCAAGUGCUACUGGCCAGCGGAGAAACUGUGGAGACUGGGCUAAACAUGUUACAAACAUCGCUAUUGUCCAGUCCAACGUAUUCAUCAAAUGCCUGGCAGGUAACGUUGCAACUGAAGUCUCAUUUUCCGUUCCAUAAGUUGGGAGUGAUUUUCAUUUGAGUCUCGGGAGAAGUAUAAGAUUGUUUAUCACGUGACCCGUCAAGAACCGCCUACACAAUCCUUUAUGAAAAAACCAUUAUGAAAGCCGAGGUGUUGACGUGAGCCGGUCCAGAAAAAGACGUUCAGUUCCGCGCUCGUAUAGCUUUUUUUGCAAGAAAAGAAAACAUUUUAAAAAGUUCAACUUAAAGGAAAACAUAAAGGAGAAAGUUAGUCUCGUUUCUCGAGCAGUGACGCACGGUCCGUACGUAAUGACCUCUUACCAAAUAAUUUCCCGUUCGGCCCGACCAAAGUCAGUCAAUUGGUACAAUUUUUUAUGCUACAUCUCGCUCUGUGAUUAGUCCAGAAAACUCAUACCACCCACUCGACCAAUCAGAUCAAAGACUUAAAUCAAUCGCGACAUGGUUACCCGCUUUUUCCCGCGCUUCAAGCAGCUUGCUGAUUUUUUACCUUGAUAUCCCACUUAAGCAUUGCGAUAUUUUCCUCAGUCCUCCUUUACACCCCUCUGAAACUGUUAUUUGUCUUUUUAACAGGUUUUAGCGCAAGUCCAAGCUGAUCAAGGCGCAUCAAUGGCGGCUGAGCUUUGCUAUCGAAAGUGUCUGCAGGCGGGAAUGGACAGCAGGUAAGAAAAUUAGGAACACUUACUAUGAGUAAGUUCAUGGAUCUGAAAACUAGGAAAGGUGCACUAGCUCAGAUUCCUUUGCCACCGUCAAAUAUCUCUGCAUCGUCAAAUGCAGAACAAACCACGACACGGCUGUUGUGAGACUGUGUGCCACGAAUUUGUUGCAAAAUUGAUCGGUCUAGAAGAUCUCCCACUCCCGUAUGAAACUUGCGCUUUGGUGCACGCAGCACCGCUGACAACCUCUAUGAGCGCUUCGGUCGAGCAAAGAGUUAAAAAGUUCAUUUUCCAUAUCAGUGAUCUGUGGAGUUUGAAAUGUGCAGUUGAUUACAAACUUUUAACUUUUUUAAGGGCUCAAAGCUGGCGAACUGUUCCGUUGAUAAGACUGGCGUUGUUAGCCGUCCAAAUGGUACAGGUAUGUACAUGGUAUGCCUACCACUGCCGACUAAUGUGGUAACUGUGAUACUCGAAUUUUUCAAGAGUCGUCUCUAGAACUCACAACCGGUUCAAGAAGAUACACUGUGAUUUUCUUAGUCAUUUUAGUUAAAAUCAUCGUGAAAUUUAAGGAAUCCCUGAGUAUUUUCAGAACCAUUUCAACUUCUUAAUUGCAGUAUCAAACAUAAUCCAGGGAACGCGUUUUGGCAAAGCGUUGCUUUAUGAUGUAUCACGUCAUUUAUGAAUCUAAAAGGAAAACUGUAUCAACUAAGUCGGGGGUUUAUGAUAUGGAUCGUAGGAUGGGUUUAAGCCUUCUUUCAUAUCUUGUCACUGUAUUUCUUCCCUUUUAGCGUCAGCAUACUGCAUCGCAUCGUUGGUUUUGUGUUUGUUGGUGUGUUCGUCAACUUCCUGUUUUUUCUUCUAGAAGUCGCAGACCGCUGACCGAGACCGCUGGAUGGAUCUUUCACUUGAAGCUUCAAACGAGGUUUGUAACAAUUUUGCCCAUAUGAUGUUUCCUUAAUGAACAUUUGGAACAAAAGCGGUAAAUAUCAAAAUAGUAAAUUGAAACUCGAAGCGAAAACGAGCAAACGGCCUAACGUCGAGAAAAACCAGAUUGGUUUUAGAGUUUCAUCUUAUUGGUUCAAAAUGUAACGCGAGUUUUUUUCCAGACCAGUCACACAGCGUAACGAAGAAAAAACCAACUCGGUGCCAUAUCACUUUUGACAUAGCUGGAAAUCCUCUGAAUGAAGAAAGGGCAACGAAAACUACGAUUCAAAUAAGAAUAAUUAAGGAAAGAAAACUUUAAUUUCUUUUCAAAAGUAGAGAUGCGGGACUCUUGGGCAUGAUUUUAAAGGAUGAGGUUAAUAGCUGUGGGCUCUAAAGUACUUCAAUGUAUUGAUGGUUUAUUUCCAGGUCCUGAAAUUGAAUUCAAGUAUUUCUGCUGCCUAUCUUAUUCAAGGGAUCGUUCAUUUUCUUCAAGACAACUCGAGGUAAGGAAACUUCUCUUAACCCUUUAAUCCCUGAGAGUGACUAGCAUCUAAUUUCUCCUUUCAAUAUCAUCCAUGAAUCUAACAUUAAGGUCAUGAGAAUAAAGGAAAUGAUCAUAAACUGAAGAACUUCUUGAUUGUUUAACAAAUUCUCCUUUCCAGCACAUUAGGAAAUGUAUGGAGAACAGUUUGGAGAAAAUGCAUACUGAUGUUAGGGUGUAAAGGGUUCAUUUAGCAUGUUAAGGGUCAGGUACAUUUUGUAAAAAGCUGGUUGGAGAAGGGAGCAGAAUUUGCAAGAAUUCAACUCUUAUUAUGCCAAAUAACCAAGGGGAAAUAAAUGUAUUUGUUGCGAGAAUUAUUUUUUAUGAAGUGAUAUCUGCACUGUAAAUGUUGUGUUAUUAAGACAAUGAAAUAAGAGCCUCUAACUUCCGGCCAUCUUAACUACUUCCGGCCAUCUCUAACUACAUCCGGCCAUUUCUAGCUACUUCCGGCGAUAAGAGAUCAAAUUCUCAAAAGAGAACUGUUAAAAUUGCCUCUCAAAUAGGAUAGUUUAUUUUUUUGAUGAAACAUUUACUUUUUGUGUCUGUUGUUGUUGUCAAACCUCUUCUAAUGGAAAAGUUUCUUUUUAAUUUCUAUUUUCUCAAAUAUAUUCCAUGCUAAUCGAGUAUUGUCUUGUCCUCUCUUUGCAGGGCAUCUAGAAGAGCUUUCCAACAUGUGCUAGACUCUGACACAGCUUCUGGCUCUUCGAUAGCUCAGUACUGGCUGCUCUCAAUUUAUUUGAAGAAGAAAGAUCUUUCCGCUGCCCAGGUAGAUAGCUCUGACACAAUCUUUCCAAUUCACUACGUCAUAGGAAGGUCGUUACAGCGGCUGUGGACAAAAGUCCAUGAGGGAGGCUACUGUGCAGAAGAUUUUGCAAGAUUGGCGAUUUUUUCGGCUCGAGAUGACUAAAAUUUCUGCUUGGGACCGUUUUAAAAAAAUUUGUUACGAGGUCGUAGCUCUCAUAAAUGGGCAUAGUUAGAGGGUGUUUCCUUUUUCAUAUUAGGUCUUUAAAACUAAUUUCUAGGCCAUUGUUUCUUUUGUUGUUGUUGUGUAUGGGUUGCGCGCUUUUCAACUUUUUUUUACUGCCUCCUCUCGCAGAAUUUCAUGUUCCACCCUUCCCCAACUUUGUUUAUGGCUUGUUGUUCACGUAGCUGCGAAACACGCAAGAGAAAGAGACUAAUUACAGCGUAAAACUGAAAUAUAGAUCCUCGAAUCUCUACCCCCACAUACGACGCCAUGAUUUCACUACCCUUGUGCCUUGUGUUUAAUGCGCUCCCGAUUAGUACAUGCUGAACUGGUUUCAUCAACUGAGUCGAUAAUGAAAAUUGGCCUCUGUAGAGAGUUUCUGAAGCUGACUUUUCGAGCGGUAGGCCUUCGUCAGAAUGAUAGGCUCAGGGAAGGGCCAUGACGAAUGACUAAAACUCGAAACUUUAAAAACUGUGUCGGGUGGCUAAUUUACAUGAUGAACUUAGUAGAUCAAACCAAAUUAUCCUGCUAAACUCCCCACCGACGCAGUACCAAAGUUUCUUUAGAACUUGAUGGCAGGCUGAUUUUACUUACCUUUUUCUUGAUUUUACCACUCUUAUAGGGUCUCGUUUCUGAAGCCAAGUUCCAUGGUAACAAGAGAUUAGAUUUGAUUUAUUACCGCCUUGCCGAGGAAGGAGACCUGCCUAAGGCAGCUAAAAAACGUCUGAUUGAAAGAUGUGUUCACGUGAAUCCAUCAAAACAAAUAUUUUGGAGUUCCUUGAAAGAAUACUCUUGAGAACACAAAGAAAAGACAAAAUGUCCUACUUCAAAUCCACUGUUGAUAAAAAUUAGGGGAAAAUUGGAAUGACCACUUGCCAAAUAUUCCUGAGAUGCGGAACAUUUAAAGAGUAAAAAGUUAAGAGGUUUUCAUAACAAUGUUUUACUUUAAUUCAUAAUUCAAAUUGCGAGGGAACCCUCGCUUCCGUCUCACCUUGGGGGUGGCUACACAUAGGCUAAAAUGCUCUCUUUCAAGCAAUUGCCGUGUUUCAAUUUUCAUAGGAGAUUAUCAAGAAUUUCGUAAGCAUAGGUCCUUGUUUCGCAAACGGAAAACAAUUGUGAAUAAAGACUCUAAAAGUUCAUCGACGGUGGCUAGGCCAGAACAUUGUGCAUGAUAAAAAUACAGUAGAGAUAUUUAAUUCCCGAUGGCUUGAGAAUAAUCAAAUACACCAAAGAUUUUAUUUUGCUGUUAUUGUUUCCUGACAAUAUUUAUAAGUUGACCUUGAAUUUUUCGUAGGCUCUAUUUUCACACCUUCUUUGAGUAACUGCGAUGCCGGAUCCCCUAUCGAAAUAUUUACCCUGUAAUUGAAUAAAUUAUUAAAACAUAUCCUCUUCAAGCUUCGCCUAACGAGCCAACACCCAUGUUACGCAUGCUAUCAGCAUGAUAGAGCUGGUCAUCAUUACUGCAGACUCGUUACACAGGUCUUCCGUACAACAAGUUGCGUCACACGUAAUGUUUUCGCCUCGAGAAAAGUACUCUAUCAGCUUCUUGCACUCUUCAGUCGCUCGCUCUAGUCUCUUACAUAGUCCCUGUAUAUUGCAUCCUCUGAUGUACUGCUUGGUUUCGGCGCCAGUGUGCGGUGGCAGUAUAACGGUUGCGUUGAGGCAGGUUGUAUAAUGUGCUGGGCAAUCCUGUACUUUUUGAUCUCUAUUACAUUCUUCCCAGCUAUUGACACUCAUACAAUGAAAGCACUUCAAACCGCGCAC